UUAAAAAUGGCUGCGCCUGAUAUCUCGCUAUGUUGAGAUUUUGGUAUAUGGGACUGGCUCGAUGUUUGAUAUUGUAGUUCAUUUAGACGAAGCUCAAAGCUAGUAGUUAACUCCUAACAUAAUAAGUUUAGUAAAGUAAUAUUUACUAGCUGCCAGUAUUAUUAUGUAGAGCUUUGAUUUGAAAAUAAAAUAAAAUAAUUCGUCAGACUUGCUAGAUACUAAAAAUUAAUUAAAAUGAAAAGACUACUCUCUAAAAUCGAAACUAAAAUUGAUACAACUUCUAAAGAAACUAAUAAUUAUGUUGGAAAAGUAUUUCAAGUAGGUAGGACGUCAGUCACAGUAGAGGAGAUUUUGGCAGAAGGUGGUUUCGCUAUAGUUUUUUUGGUUAAAGGCUCUAAUGGAAAAAAAUUUGCUCUCAAACGAAUGUAUGUAAAUAACGAACAUGAUUUAUGUAUUUGUAAAAGGGAAAUUCAGAUUGCUAGUAGUUUAAGCGGCCACAAAAAUAUCAUUGGUUACGUAGAUUCUAGUAUUACUCAUACAGGAAAUGGAGUUUAUGAAAUUCUACUACUCAUGCCUUAUUGCAAAACACAAGUCUUACAACUUAUGAAUGCAAGGCUUCAGUCUGGUUUUACUGAGCAAGAAGUCAUGACAAUAUUUUGUGAUGUAUGUGAAGCUGUUUCGAGAUUACACCAUUGCCAAACUCCGAUUAUUCAUAGGGAUUUAAAGGUGGAGAAUAUUUUAGUUGGUGACAAUGGGCAGUAUGUGCUUUGUGAUUUUGGUUCUGCUACAGGCAAGGUGCUUUCAUCGAGCACACACAAUGCCGCUACUAUACUUGAAGAAAUAGAAAAAUAUACUACGCUAUCGUAUAGGUCUCCUGAAAUGGUUGAUGUAUAUUCUGGGAAAUCGAUUACUACUAAGGCUGAUAUUUGGGCUCUGGGUUGUCUCUUGUACAAGUUGUGCUUCUUUACGCUACCUUUUGGCGAGAGCACUCUUGCAAUUCAAAGUGGACAGUUCAGUAUUCCCGAGAACUCGAAAUAUUCUAGUGGGAUCCAUUGCCUUAUAAAAUUCAUGCUUGAGCCUGAUGCAGAAAAGAGGCCAGACAUAUACCAAGUAUCGUAUGUGGCAUUUGCUCUUGUCGGGAAGGAGUGUCCUGUUCAGAAUUUACAUAAAUCGCCUAUUAUUAGUUUAGAAGAAUUAAUGAGUAUUCAAGAAAAUGAAGUAAAGAAGAAAAAGUCAGUAACACCGAGUAAGACACAUUCAGUUCCUAUUGUAGAGCCUACUAGUAUUACUCCAAGGCAACGACCCAAACCUUCUUCAGCCCAAAAACAACCUGCAUCCCUGUUUCCUCCUUCUGGAUUUCCUGAUCCGUUUAGAGAAGAUUCCGGUAGCGAUCACGACUCUCAAACUACAAGUAACUCACCAAGGCACCGCAGAAAUGUCAGCGAUACAUCAGCUUUUAAUAAAGUUUUUGCUUCGGAGACGACACAGUUCUUAGCCCCUUAUGAAGCUUCGAAACCAAAGGAUCAGGACUCCUCUUCCGCUCCGGAUUCUCAGUUACUCGGCCCUUCUUCGUCUCAGGGCGAUGUAGCUACUGGUGAAGAUAUACGCUGCCAGUCAGCGACUACUGCUCCGCCUCACUGGAAUCCUUUUUACGAAAGUGAGCCAUUCUCGAGUGUAACAGAGGAUCAAAUUUUCGGAGCAGAAUUCGAUAAAAUUCAACGUGGAUCACAAUCAAGUAUUACCAAUGUUAAAAGUAGAGAAAGUUUGGUUAUGGCCUUCAACGAGCUUACGACAGCUGAUGAUGAUCCAUUUAGUGCAGCACCGUUUUCUUUGCCUGCUUCAAGACAAAGCCUGAAAAGCAAUAAAACCGCAACUAAAAGUUCAUCUUCUUCUACAGGAUUUGACAUAAAAGUAAAGGAUUGGAGAGAAUAUGUUGCAGUCGAGGAUGCAUUAUUGCGGGAAAACCUAUCCCCAGAUGCUACCAUUAUUAAUCCUCUCCAGUUUGUCAAAAUCCCGUUACAGGAUAGAUCCAAGUAUGAAAAGUUAACUUUUAAUUUGGAAGAUAUUUCGUCCGACGAAGAAACAGGUAAUACAAGAAAAAAGAAGUUAAAAUUCAAACAACGAACAAAAAAUACCAGUAAUUCAGAUGACUCGAUUGGUUCUGCUACCGAUUUACAAACUAGAGAAAUUGAAGAUGUUCCAGGAAAUGUUGAAGAAACAGAAACUAUCAAUGAAAGUAUUUUGACUUGUGGUUCGUCUGCUUAUCACGCUGAAACAGAAAGCAUGGCCAGAGACGACAUUAUCCUGAAAAAUAAACCGAAGUUAUUGGAAGAACAGGACUGUUUUGUUGGCCAUAGCUACGGAGACAAACCUCUACUAGCAGAUGAUGAGUUGGAUAUAUCAGAUUCGCCAACACUAGAAGUUGAAGAUGUCUUUGCUAUGGCCCCUUUUUCAAAAGUUGAAAAACCUAAAAAACAUAGGCCAAAUGAAAAUAUUAGAAGAGAAAAAGAAUAUCCUCAACCGUCAGUUAAUCAGGAUAUGUUCGGAGCAGUCCCGUUCAGUACUAAUCCCUUCAUUACUGAAAAACAAGAGUUUACCGACUCUGACUUUGAAGCUAAAGAUUUCAUUUCAUUUAAUGAUCAAAGCAAGGUCCCAGUAUUCGAGAAACUGGACGUUUCUCCUUCGGAUGAUAAUUUUAAUAAUUUCAUUUUAGCCGAUAAUUUGAGGAAAAAAAACAAACCCUCCGCAGAGGUUUCGAAAUAUAAUUUGAUCGAUGAGGCAAAGCUAAAGUCGAGGGUUAACAAGCAUUCCAAUUCAAAGAAGAUUAAAGUUAAACCUUUAGCUGCAGGUUUAUGCAAUAUGAGUUUCGAAGACUACGUUGACGAGAAGGAAGUACUUCAGACAUUUGUACCUUACGAAGUUGUAAGAGGGGAUGAGUCGACCCAGCCUGAUUCGUAUGGAAGCCUGAAACGAAGAAGCAAUCCUUUCUCUUGAGUUUUGUUUCGAAAGUAUAAGGUAUUGCCUCAUGAAUAAAUUAGGCCUUAUCAUCGUUUGGUGCUAGUUUAAAUAUUUAUAAUCUUAUAGAAAAGAAAUUGAAAAUUUUAUAUUGCAAACAAUCACAUCUCUUGUUAUUGUUGAUUUGUCUUAUACGUAAUCGAGUAUAUGAGUAUUCUUAUUUUAGCCUUGAAUAAGUAUUUUUUUUGCCAUUUUGGAGUUCCUAAUUGAUCACAGUUGUAUUUAGCAAUUCAAAUCUGUUUAAAUAAAAAUACAAUCCUAUAUCUUUUAUUAUCUUUUGCGAGUGUUUAUAUUUAGAUUAAUUUAGUUUUACUACAUAUAUGUAUUUUUUAACCGUUUAUUUUGCUGUUAUUUCCAUUCCAACUGGCCUUAUGCAGUUACUAUUAGAGGAAAAAUUAUUUAUUUAGAAAUGAGCUUCCAUAUUAUAGUGUGUAAUAUUUUUACAUGAAAAUUUGCUGUGAUUUCAACUAUAUAUUCGAAAGAGAAAUGUAUUUUUUUUAAUAUUUAUUUAUUUUGUAGAUAAGUAGUGGUUGUAUUAAUAAAAUAUGACAAGACUGUCAUUUUUUUUUAAUGUAUUAGGUAGUUUCAAUUUUAUUUAAAUAGUCGUGUCGUUUUGUUGUUUUAUGAAGGAAAGUCGAUUGUGGAAUCUAGUAACAUUGUGAUGUGGCAAGGGAUUUUUUUGGAACAUUUAAAUUUAAUGAUAUGCCUAAUAAGUGUUUCUGUGUAAAAAUUUAUUGUUUGAUAAUCUUUUUUUAUUCAUUUAUUCAUUUGUUAUUAAUUUCUAAAUAUGUAAGAUUAAUUAGAGCAAAAACACAAAAAUGAAAAAAAAAAACUGUAAUUUGAGUCACUCGAAUAGCAGUUGAUUGUUAAUGGCAGUGAAUGGCUACAAGUCAAUGUUCAUAAUCAGGACUGAACAAGAUUGAUUGAAUGACAGACUUAAGAUUGAAUUAAUGUAGACUAGAUAGCCUAUCCUCACUUCAAUAUAGGUGUAUUUAUUUAGGGAGUAUAAUUUGAUAAUUUCAUGCGAUGUACUGUUACUAUUUUUUCAAUCUGUAUUAGGCUUUUAAAGCUGUUUAGUUAUAUUUUGCGAUUUUUAUAUAGUUAAGGCUUUACUCAGAAUCUUCUAAUAAUAUCCUAAAUCUUUAAUAAGUCCAUCAAUCAAAAUAAAAUUAACUUUUUGUUUAAAUCAUUAGGGUUUUGAAUCAAAUAUUAAGUUUUAUUUUAUGUCAGUUUCGGUAUGAAUGGAAUCAUUUUUUUUUUCCUGUUAUUUCCGCACUGGAACCCCUCCUUGAUACUUUUCAAGUAAAGGUUUUACAUAACUCUAAUUUUUGAAAAAAUUUUAUUUAAUAGUUAUGUGGUUUCGUCAAAAAGUCUAUCUAAUUCUUAGCUACUCAAGCGAAUGACACUUGAGAAUCAACUAAUUCAUUUAAGAUAAAUUAUAACUCUAAUCUAAGUCCAAUUAUUUUUUAUUUCUCAUUUAACGUAACUUUUUUUUUUUAAGAACUUUAAUACAUAAAAGUUAAACCAUAAACCUAGAACUUUCAUCUAAACAACUUUUUGUCAUAAAAAGUUUCACAGAAAUUGAUAAAAUGGAGAUUUUUUGAAAAAGUUUCAACCAUAAAGCACUUUAUGGAGAUUUAUUUAAAAACUGUUAUUAUCGUUUAUCAUAUCGAUUACAUCUUUACAUUUUUCACUUAUGAUUUUAUAUUAAAUAUUUUACUUCAAAAUAAGUUGUAAUAUUUUAAGAAUUAGGAAAAAAUGUAGGGUCUUGACUGAACCAUUAGAUUAGGCUCAGCUCAAGAUUAUUAGCUCCUUAAUUUUUUUUAAAAGCUAUUUUGCAAUACAGAAAUAUAUUUUAUAAAUUACCUAUUUUAUUUCAUACCUUGUAGAUUUCCAUUUUUGUGCAUACAAAACUAUAGGAUCUUUGUUGAAUCCAUCCAUCCAUCUAGUUUGUGUAUAAAUACUGUAGUAUUGAUUGUUAUAUAGAGACUUCAUAAUGGAUCACUACUUAUUCUAUGCAUGUCAGUCUACUCACCUUCAUAUAAUGAAUUAUACACUGACUAGUUUCUGUAAGAAGUUCUUUAUUGGUCCUUUUCCUCCAUGCGAUUGUAUUCUGAUCCCGUAUUUCUUCGGAUAAAUCACUUAUUAUUAGAUACUAUUCUAUCCACCAGUAAAAAUAAUGGAACUAGUUUAAUUUUUGUUGAUAGAGCGUAAAUGUGCUCUCUGAACACUGUUAUAAAUGUCCUUAUUUGUGACAGAUUGUAAUGUCUCUCAAUACAUAUAGUUAGUUAGUUUAAUUUUAGACUAAAAUGAACUAUCUAUCCAUUAAAUUUUUUUUUUUUAAUGUUAACAGGCAUCUGUGAGAAUUGCUGAAAUAGUAAAACCUCUGAACAUUUUUUGAUAUGAAUAAGUAAACAUUUUCUAUAAAAAAAUUUUUUUCAGUCCAUUAAAUUUUUGUUAAAUUUAUCUGUACAGUUUUAGGGCCCAUCUGAUACCUUGGCUUAGCAUAUCCCUACCUGCCUUUCUAUUUUUGAUUAAACUAAUCUUUAAAUUAUUUUACCAAAAUUAAUAUUACUGUAAAUUCGGAAGCCUGGAUUAGGUUGGGAUGUGCAUGCGGACUCUGAAGUUUGAGGAUUGAAGAGUGUUCCCCUGAUUUUUUUAUUAUUUUCGAUUUGUGGGAAAGAAUUAAAAUUUAUCAGGUUGGAGGAUGUUAUCUUUGUAUCAAUGAAAUAUUCUGGUGUGAACUCUUGUUUUUUUUAAAUCCAGUCUAAAAAUUUUUUUGUAAAUUGUGUGUGGAAUAAAAGUGUUUUAUUUCCAAUUCAGAGUACACGUAUUAAUUUUUUUAUAACCUAGGGAUCAAAUAUAACGGUUAGUUAUAUCUUUGAACCUUAGUCGAACAUUAUGGUGACCAGGACAGGACAGGAUAUAAGCUAUGGAAUAAAACUAAUCCAGAACUAGACAGAAUCAGCAUCGCAUUUUUUAAAAUCAGAUUAGUUAUAUCCUGAAUUAAGUUAUAUUAGGUUAAAGUUAGAAUAGCAUUGACUCAUCUAUAAGAUCCAUCAAAGUAUUAAAUUUUUAAGACAUGAUGAAACUUGACAGAUUAGCAAAUGAAGUUACUGUUUCAGAAAUGCCUAGCCACAACACAUUUGCUAGAUUCUUUGAUGUUUGACAUUUAUAUAUAUAUGUAUUAUUUAUCAAUAAUUUUAUAUAUUAGUUGAUAUUGCUAUCGAUAUAUACAUAUAUAAAAAUUUAAAAAAAAAAAGUCCAAAAACUUAUAUAGUUAUCCAUAUUAUUAUUUGCAUCAGUGAUUUUGCUCAAUUCAGUUCAACUUUUUUAUUCCUUUUGUUGAUCUGCAUUAACUUGAUAAUUUUAAUUUAUGUUUAUAGUCAUUUUGAUGCUUAAACUUGCCGUUUCGGUGGCUUUGAUAUGUAGCCGAUACAUUUUUUGUUUCUUUAUCUAAAACUUGGUUGCUAUGAUUAUGUUUUGAAGGAACUAUUUUAGGAAUAGAAGGGCCUUUAUACAUUCUAUCGUAAGAAAUAUUUAGCUUUUAGUUAUUAUACCCUCAUAUAUUGAGACUGUUACCUUAGCAUAAGAUUUGUUUAUUUAUUUUUAUCUUUGUACCAAAGUUUUUUUUUUCUUGUUUCCUUCUGGUGUUCAGUUACAUUCCUUCGUCUCUUUUUUCUUCAUUUAUUUUGUAAUGUUAACGAGUGUAUAAAAGACAGUUAUUAUAAUUGUUUAUGUAAAAAAUGUAUUAAUUAUUUAUUUUGUAUAUUUAUUUGUUGAUGGGUAUGAUGUAUUUUUUAUUCGAAAAAAAAAAGAAAAGAAAAUGAAUUGUCAUUUAUUUGUUGAUUGUUAUAUAAUAAACAGUUCUGCUAUUAUUA